AUUUGGCUUGUCGCUAGCAUCUGCACCCAAGCGACGGUUGCGUGCGAUUUGGGACUGAGCACGCACUAAAACUGUGGUCUUAAAUAGUUUUACCCAAAUAAUAUCACGACAACUUACAUUUGAAUGUGUUGUUUUGGUACGACAGUGAAAUAAUGGAAGUUUGUAGCACACUAUCACAAGAAUCACGUUAGCCGAAUGACUGAGAUGCUAAUUUUCAAGCACCGGACUUUGCGUUUUGGCUAGUUUUAGUUGACACAUCGAAUGUCAAUGGUUUGGCUUUAAUCAUAUUAGUUCCUGACGUUUUUUCAAGGGUCUUCUUACUAUUGGGAAGCUGGAAAGAUGAUGCGAAGACCCAGAACAGCCACUGCUAAAGCUGUGGAGUAUCAAGAACUAGACUCAGAUCUAUCCUUUACUCAAACCAUGAGUGAAGAGGACGGCGAAGAGUGGAUGCCAUCAAAGCCGAAACCUAAGGCUCCCCGUAAACCUGCGACCUCAAAUGCCAAAUCAAAGCAACCCAAAGCCCCGAAAGUGCCCAAAGAACCAAAGCCAAAAGCCCCCAGAAAACCUCCAGUCAAACGCAAACUGGACGGUCCCAAGACUAGUCAAGAUUCUGCAGCUACUGGGUUAAUUCGGACAAAAAGGACAAGAAUUGAUACAGAGAAUGAACAAACAAAAGCGGAUAACCACAAAGGUGAGAGGUCAGAUGAACCAAGGCCGGCCGCAAUGAAGCGAGAGCGCUUGUCCUUCACUGUGUCAGAAGCUCAUCAGGACAACAGGUGGGUAAACGAAGGUCCAUCGUCUCUGGGCUACACUGUAAAGAAAGAAGAACAAGAGGAUUACACAUUUGAAGAUCCCUGUACAAUCAAACCAAGUGGGCGACAACUUCCAAGCACUUUACGAUCUCCUCUGGCCAAGUCUUUGAGGAAUCAGCUCAACAUGAACUGGGAUCUUGUAGAGCUUUUGUCCAUCCUGACCAACGUGGAGCCGUGGGUUUGUGUGAAUAUCGUGACGCUGCUGCAGGAGGAGAACACGGUGCCUUUUAUGGUUCGUUAUCGCAAAGACAUGAUUAAUCACAUGGAUGCUGACGCUGUUCGGGAAGUACAGCUGGUUUAUGAGGACUUAUGUGCUUUGGCUAAAAAGACUCAGUCUGUGAUUCAGACGCUGAAGAAAGACGGGAAUUUGACAAGUGAGCUGGAGCAAAACCUAAGAAACUGUAGAUCUGCAGAUGAACUGGAUCAUGUGUACAGUCCAUACAAGAAAGGCAGUAAACUGACGAAGGCUCGCAGGGCUAAAGCUCUCGGUCUUGAAGAAGCUGCUUCUACUCUUCUGGAAAGUCCACACACGUUGGACUUGAAUAAAUGGGUUCAACCUGGUACUGAGGGUCUUUCCACUGUUGAAGAAGUCGCCACCGGUGUUGAGCAUAUACUGGCUGAUGUCAUCGCCAAAGACCCCGACACUUUAACUUACGUAAAAGAGCUAUGUGAGAAAAGCCACAUCACAAUCCAGUCUUCUGUGUCCAAAACGGCUCUGAAAGACAAAGAGAAGACGGAGAAAACGGCUCAUUCAAAACCGGGGUCACAGCAAAACAAAAAACAAGACAUGGACAAGUUCAGCCUGUAUUUCGACUUCACCUGUAACAUCCAUCGCAUCCAGUCUCACCAGACUUUGGCCAUUAAUCGAGGGGAGAGUCUGAAAAUAUUAACGGUGAAGAUAAACAUCCCCGACAGAGUGAAGUCUGACUUUACCACGUGGUGCAUAAACUGCAGAUGGAGGACAAAGACGUUUGCCAGAGAGGAGCUCCGAGUUCUCAUUAAGAACGCGGUGGAAGACUCUUAUAAAAGACUCAUUUUACCUUUCCUAACCAGAAGCUACAGGACUAAACUUACCACAGCUGCGGAGAAAGAGUCCAUCGCUAUGUUUGUUCGUAACCUUCGGCAGCGUCUCCUGGCGGGACCGGUUCGCGGCUGUGUGCUCAUGGGCGUCGACCCGGGCUUCAGACACGGCUGUAAAGUGGCAGUCCUGUCCCCUACAAGUCAGAUUCUCCACACUGAUGUUUUCUACUUGCACAACUCCAGCACGCACCAAGAAGCUGACAAACUGCGCCACCUUCUGAUCAAAUAUGGAUGUACAAAAAUCGUGAUUGGCAAUGGGACGGCGUGUCGUGAAACAGAGGCGUUCUUCUCUGACCUCAUCUCCAGACGUUACUUCCAGCCUUUGGACGUGUCCUACUGUAUCACCAAUGAGGCAGGAGCUUCUAUCUACAGUGUCAGUCCUGAGGCCGUCAAAGAAAUGCCAGACCUGGAUCCAAACCUGAGGAGCGCAGUGUCUAUCGGGCGACGAGUUCAAGAUCCGAUGGCUGAGCUGGUGAAAAUUGAUCCUAAACACAUUGGAAUUGGCACAUAUCAACAUGACGUUUCAGCCGGAGCCCUGAAGUCGGCCUUGGACGGCGUGGUCCAGGAGUGUGUGAGCUUCGUCGGAGUGGACAUCAACAUCUGCUCCGAGACGCUGAUGAGGCACGUGGCUGGACUGAACGCCGGUAGAGCUCGAAGCAUCGCUGAGUGGAGAGAACAAAAUGGACCCUUUAUCAACAGAGAGCAGCUCAAACUGGUCAAAGGCAUGGGCCCCAAGUCUUUCCAGCAGUGCGCCGGCUUCAUAAGGAUCAACCCUCAAACUCUGGAGUGCUCCUUACCUCAGUCCGGGCCGGCGAUCCCAGAGAAAAUAAGCUCUAAGAAGGGCAAAGGAAAGAGUUGUGUGGCCGUCCCGAGCUCUGUUAAUCCGCUGGACCAGACCUGCAUCCAUCCCGAGUCCUACCAUACGGCGCAGAGAUUCCUCUCCCUUGUGGGUGCUACUGCCGACCAGAUUGGAACUGUAAAACUGUCACAAUGUGUGGAAGACACAGUCAAGAGCAGCAGUGUGGAGGAGCUGGCCAGAAGCAUGGAGACGAGCCCUGAAACGCUCAAACUCAUCAUAGACGGGCUCACACAACCCCCAGGCUUUGACAUUCGACAAAACUUCAGACAGGCCGACUUUAAGCGCGGCGUAGUGUCCAUGAGCGACCUGCAGGUGGGGGCAGUGCUGACGGGACGGGUGGACAACACGGCUCUGUUUGGGGCGUUUGUCGAUAUCGGUGUGGGACGCUCCGGACUCAUCCACAAAAGCAAAAUCACCCUGGAUAAGCUGCCGCCGAGCCAACGCCGCCGCAGCCUGGUCCUGGGACCCGGGGAGAGGGUGGAGGUCCGAGUGCUUAACGUGGACCGACAGAGAGGGCGCAUUGGGCUGGACCUAAUCAGGGUACUGCAGUAGUUAAAGGGCCCGUUUUACACUGUUUUCUGAUCUGUUGUAAUGUUAUUUCCUCAUCACAAACAGACCUGGAGUUGUGUUUUGUUUCAUUCACAAACAACACAAAACACAAACCCUGCGUAUUUAGGCUACGUUCUUCUCUCAAACAACAUUUUUAUUACAGGAAGUGCUCCAUUGUGUUUUUAAACUCCAUACACCUUCACUAGAAUCAUUUGGAUAACCCGGUUAACUUGAAAACUACCACUUCAUGACAUCACAAGGUGGAACAGAGCAUUUUUUUGAGCAUUGAAGAUGCAGCCAGACUAAUAAUAAAUGAUUUCUUAAACAUGUGAAUGAAACAAAACACAACUCCAAGUCUAGAGUAUUAGUAUUAGUAUAGAACAGGGCUGUCCAAACUAAGGCCCAGGGGCUAAAUGCGGCCCUCAGACCAAUUUUUGUCGGCCCAAUUGAUCAGGAAGUAUUUUUUCCUACAAAUUGAAGCGAUUCUACCUCUGUAACCUGAAAACAUCACAUCGCAUUGUGACGCAGACCUAAAAACAAUAAUUAAAGGUGCAAUUUUUCUGUCAAACCUGUGUUAAAUGCACCGUUUGACUCCCUGUAUCGACUCCGCUUCAAAUACGUUUCAGUCUGCAUCCCUCUGUAAGAAAAGUUUGGACACCCCUGAUAUAGGACCUUUAAAUGUUACACUAUUUUUACACUAUUUUUCCAUCAUAAAUCUAGUUAAUUUCCUUGUAUAUACUUUAUAAAUAUUUGUUGCUACGUGCCUUUCAGUAGAACACAUUUUGCAUUGUUUAUACUCCUGUAAAGUUUGAUCAAAAUGCAGAAGAAGAAGCCGCUCUGUUUGUUUAUAGUAUGUUUGAAUUGCC